CCUGUAUUUAUUCUUUAUUUUAUUUUUUAUUCCAUUCAUUCAUAGAAAAAGUACUUCCAUCCGUUUCAUUUUGUGUAGUAAUCAUCACUCCUCUUUUCACCAUAAUUUUACUUUGAAAACUAUGGUCAAUUACCGGAGUACAAAACAAUGAGUAACAUCCUAGACUCAGUUGGCCGAAGUCCUAAAACUCCUAAACGAAAUGAAAGUGUUGAUAAAGCUAAAUGUGUGACCCCACUUCGCAUUGAACUACAAAGUUUUAAUUCCCAAACUUGUAAAAGUGGAGAUAAAACGGAGUUUCUCACUCCACUUUCAGUUAAACUGGAAUCAUUAGACCUUAAAACUCCCAAAAGUGAAAAUAAAACAAAGUGUCUCACACCUCUUUCUGUUAAACUAGAAUAUUUAGAUAUUAAUUCUAUCAAAAGUGGAAACGAUAAGAAACUUAAAGUUGAAGUAGAUAAUUAUAUCCCAACACACAUAAACCCAGUUCAUAAAGGAACUAUUGCUGUAACUAAGAAUCUUACUCCAUUUUCCGGCAAACUAGACCAAUUAGAUGUUUGCCCAUUAACAAAUUUAGAAUAUAAACAAAUAAGAUGUACAUCCUUAAGAAAUACUCCUAAAAGAAACAGGCCUGCAACCAAAACUGCUAACAGUACACAAUUUUCUAUAAAUCAGUUGGAUAGUGUUGGCUCUAACAAAAGAUUUUUUGAAAUGAAUACUACACAAAAACCCAUAUUGAAUGUAACACUAAAAGAUUUGCAAUAUAAUGGUGUAGAUCCUUCUACACCUCAGGCUCAUGUGCAGUUUAGUCAAGAAUUAAAAAAAGUGUUAAAUGAAAGAAACAUCUUAACUUGCAAAACAAGAAAACAUGUUUUUGAUGCCUUAGAUGAACUAAAAAAAACAGAUGAAGAUGAAAGCAGAAGAAACAAAAGAGAAAAAUCCCUACUGGAAAUAGUUAAUAGUGAAAUCAAAUAUGUUCACCAGCUUGAAAUCAUUAUUAUGUUCUUUUUAAAACCAACACAAGAGAGAAAACUUUUGAGAAGUGAAGAUUUUCAAACAUUGUUUGGACAUAUAACUCCCAUUCAUAAUAUUAAUAAAGAACUUCUACUAGAGCUAGAAGAAAGUUCUAAUAAUGUUGCUAAGGCUUUCUGGAGAAUUGCCCCAUUUUUCAAAGUGUACUCAGUUUAUGCCUGUGAAUUUAAAAAUAUUCUUAAUAUUUUACAAAAUGCAAGAACUUUGAAUCCUCAAUUUGCAAAAUUUGUUGAAAACCAAGAAUCUAGACCAGAAGUUCAAAGCAAACUGUCAGCACUUUUGAUCACACCUAUUCAAAGAGUUCCCAGAUACAAACUUUUACUGACCCAACUUCUUGAACUGACAGAGCCUAGUGAAGAUGAUUAUACCAGUUUAGCAGAAUGUCUGGAAAAAAUAUCAGAAGCAGCAGAUCACAUCAACAAAAUCGUUGAAGACCAAGAAAACAUGCAAAGACUUCUGGAACUACAAAGAUGUCUUAAAAGUGGAGAACCUAAUAUUAUAAAACCAGGAAGAAUGCUAAUUAAAGAAGGAAUUUUAAAUAAAAUGGCUACAAAAAAUACGCCGAGUGAAAAACUCUACACCGUCUUAAUGAAUGAUAUACUCCUUUUUGGAAAAAUGAAAAGAGAAGAACUUAAAGUCAAUUCAUUGAAAUGCUUUAGUAUAUUUCCUUUAGGAAAAUGUAAAGUAUUGGAAAUUCUGGAUAAAGGCUGCAUGAAGAUUCUUUGCCAGGAUGAGGAACUCAUUCUCUACCACGAACAAUUCAGUGAGACUAAGAGUUGGAUAGACAAAGUUAGAGAGUGUAUCGAAGUCUACAUAUGUGACAGAAAGACAUUAAGAAAGGAUAGUUCAUCAAGGAGACCUGUCAAAAGGAAAGACUUGCAUGAGUACCACGAAAUCGGGUUGAGUCCAGGCAUACCUUUGAAAAAGAAGAAAACAGAGGCUGACAAUAUUUCUGGAACAAGAAAUAUAUUUAAAAUAUCUGGACGAAAACCGAUAACUAGGACACCUAUGAAUUUGGAGGAAAAUCCUUCUAGGAAUCCCAGUGUAUCCAGUAAUGCAUCAACAUGUCACAGUUCAAUUUCUAAUACAACAGAAGAUUCCGAAAGAAAUGAAAAUGUGCCUAAAAUGUCAAAGGAAGUUUUUAUUUUCGGAAAACCGCAUCCAAAUGAUGCAGGUUUUAAGAGCACUGGAACAAAAACGAGAAAAGGGUUUUGACCAACAUACAAAUUAUUUAAGACUUAAUUAUAUAUUUUUAUAAAAUUUUAAUAAAACUGUUUGAAGUAGUUAUAAUUAACUUAUGAUAAAUAGUGAUCCAUAAAAAAUGUUUCUAAAUUACUAAAAUUAUUACGCACGGUUCUGAAUUAAAACCAAACUGACGCUUAAAAAUUAGAAAAAUUAUACUCUCCGACUUGCGCGAUAGGUCUACUUUAGAAACAUUUUUUUCUGAACACUCCAUAUUUUUGUAAUGUAGUUUUUAACUUAAAUAGAUAAUUUUUUAAUGAGAACAGUUUUUAAUUUUUUUCAUAAAUCUACUCAAUCGUUCCUCAUCUAUAUCGUUAUCCCAUUUCCCAUGUUUCUUAAAAUACGAUCCUACAAUUAAAGCAUCUGCCGAGAUGUAUUUUUCGACGUUAUCAAUAGUAACUCCUGAUCCUAUCAGCACCGGUAGAUCGAUGUUUGAUUUAAGUUCCUUUAACUCUUGGACAUCAGCUGCAUGUCCAGUCGCAGUUCCUGUUAGAAUUAAUCCGUUCGAGAGAAAAUAUUCAGCUGCCUUAGCAGUUUCUAAUAGCGAAAUAUCGUUUGUUAUUGCAUGUGAACUG